GGAAAAAAGCAUCGCCAAUUACCAAGAGGCCAACUUCCAUAGUUCCAUCACCAUUCACCAGCAAAGUAAGGUGUUUGUCCUCAGAAAUAUGUCGAGAAUAGUGGUGAUUUUCGACUUUGAUCGAACCAUAAUUGACGGAGAUAGCGAUAACUGGGUGGUAACUCAAAUGGGUCUCACUCACUUAUUUGAUCAGCUCUUUUCAACUAUGCCAUGGAACUCACUCAUGAAUAGGAUGAUGGAGGAGCUUCACUUACAACAAAAAACUAUUGAAGAUAUUGGAGAGUGUUUAAAGCAAAUGCCAUUACAUCCAAAGAUUAUUUCAGCAAUUAAAUCUGCUCAUUCUAUGGGGUGUGAUUUAAGGAUAGUAAGCGACGCCAACCAAUUUUUCAUCAAGACAAUCCUGGAACAACAUCAAUUGUUUGGGUUCUUUACAGAAAUAAUAACGAAUCCAACUUCCGUUGAUGAUGAUGGAAGGCUUAGGAUUGUGCCAUAUCAUGAUUUCAAAUUAUCUCCACAUGGUUGUACUCUUUGCCCUACCCAUAUGUGCAAGGGAAUGAUUCUCGAGGGCAUACAAGCUUUUUCUAGACAAAAUGGGAAGAAUAUAACCAUCUAUAUUGGAGACGGCGGUGGUGAUUAUUGCCCUAGUUUGAAGCUUGGAGAAAAUGAUCAUGUCAUGCCCAGGAAGAAGUUUCCGUUGUGGGAGCGCAUUCACAGGAACCCUUCUUUACUUAAGGCCACUGUCCAUGAGUGGAGCAACGGAGAAGAACUUGAAACUACCCUCCUUCAUCUCAUAACCUGCCGUGCAACUGAUGGAAACCAAUGUGUCUAUGCUUCUACUGGAUCCGAUACGACGAGCAAGGUCCAUAGUAGACCUGCUUCUACUAUUAAAGUCUGUCAAAGUCUAUGAACUUGUAUUCUGAAACUUGCAUUGUUAUGUAAUCAUCAAAUGUAAAGCACUCGCCAAUUAGCCAGAUUGGUAAAGUCAGGCCAAUCAUCGACUAGCAUCUAAUACAGCAGCACCCCCUCUGCCAUUUGGUAUCAGAAAAACAAUGGCGGCUUUUUAUGGAAGAAAAACAUAGGUGGGAAGGUUCAAGAAUAAAGCCUACUUUUACAUUUAAAUGAUCUUUUAUUUUGUUUUUUUGAAAAUUUGAUGCAAAUAUACUAGUCACCAAUGAAAAGUAUAUUAAACUAUGAAAAUGUAUAGAGGGAGAAGUGGUAGCUCAGUGGAGUACCAUCUCGAAUUUUAAGGUAUUUUCCAGGGUUUGAAUCCUCAUCCUAAUAAUAUGUUAGAGAAAUUUAAUUGUGAUA